CAGUCGUUCUAUGCAGCACUAGCCUACUUAGUGCAUGAAUUUUCGCGUUGAUGCUUUCCACUCUCUUUACAACUUUCUAGCAUGGCAGGUUUCCAUGGCUCUGGCGGGCUGCGGAGGAAUGCAGAUAACUGCUCUAUCGGUGGAUUCUUCGUCUCUCCUACCAAGGAAGCUGUCAUCAACUCUCCCGAACCAACGAAAACUUCCUGGGACCCAUCAUGCCUCGACGCCGACAUGCUCGAUAUACAUCUCUAUGGCCCUUCAGUUUCGAAACCACGGAUAUAUGUCUGGGUAGAAGUGAACAACGCAGAAGGAACAUAUGAAGCGACCCUCAUUCCCCGAUGGUGGAAUUCUUCAAGCACAAUACAGCUCCAGGUCGUCACCGUACCUACGGGGAAUCCCCCUUUUCUGGCUACUCUUUCCGCGGGUCCGUUAUGGAACGCAACGUAUCAAGAACCUGAGUCGGUCGUCGGUUCCGCUUCAAAUUCGACGGCUAUAUCUGCUGAACAGAUAGCUACAGCAGUGGUAGCCGCCGUGGUGUUCAUUGCCUUGUGCAUAGCAGCCUGGUUGAUAUGGAGACGUAAGAUGAGGAUAAAAGAGCGGACGACAUGGACCAAGGCUGCGGAUAGGAGAAUGUCGAUCAUCAGUGUUGAUUGGUCUGGUAUCACUGCUGCUGGUGCAUCUGCCGCGGUUCAAAAUAGCUUGGUUGGAACGGCUGCUAGAGGGAGUCAGGGAAGCCGGCUGAGUUCCAGUUUCUAUGCCGCUCAUGGUACAUCGUUGUCAUGUGGGGAGCCUUUCAUGGUGGCCACAGGCGAUUCGAAGUUAUUGAACGUUGAUGCCCAGGAACCAGAGACAUUAACGCCUGAAAUCAUGAGAGCGAGGGUCAACGAUUGUGUGAACUGGUGGGCUAUAUCUAGGAAAGAUUCGAAUAAUUUACGACGGCCUCCGAUGACAUACGGCCAUAGCAGGGAAUCGUUUAGUGGGAUGUCCAAUGAUAUCGACCAUACUCAGACGAUAGGACCUGAUGAUAUGAUGAGGCCGUAUGCGUAUCGAGGUUAAAGAGCCGCUCUUUGAUCUGGUGAUGGAUAAGAUACUGUUGUGGUGAGAUCCCUUGAUGGGAAUCUCAUAUUGGACAACAUUGCGUCUCACGGGGAACUGGCUGGUAUGGUUUCAGACCGCAAUUACAUGUUUUAGUCUGUACUUCCAUCUUUAUAGUAUUAUACGAAGGAAUAAUUUAUGGACCAUGGUAUCUGCUUUUGAGUCGUAUAACAACCGAUUACUCACGACAUACCGCCUCGUAUACGCUCUUCUGGACUGACUCGUUAUCCUUUUAUGACUUGUUUCUGAUGAAGAUUUGAUAUGGCAUUAUAUAGGAGGUAUUCUUUCUGAUACCUAGAUAUCUAGGCUUGAUCCAAGCAAGG